AAUGAAGGGUUUUAUCUGAGCACAAUAAAAGACUUUGGUUCUUUAUGGGCCUGUUCUCUAAGUGUCCUCCCUCCAAACCAACCAAACAAACAAACAAACAAACAUCCAGUCCCCUUCACUCUUUCUUUGAUCCUGAGAAUUUUGGGAGGCCAUUUUCACCCAGCCCUACAAAAUAACCUUUGGAUGUGGAGUGUGACGUUUCCAUCUCCGUCCACAAGAUGGAACUGGGAGAGAGAAUAUCUGUGGGAUUCUUUCUGCUCAGUUAGAGGAGAAGAAGAAGGAGGGAAUUGUGAGCGCCUCUUUAAAGCCUGGGAUUGUGUAAAGACAUUUCAGUGGCUUCUUUGAGGCUGAUCAUGGCUGGGGUAAUCUGGUGUCUGGCUUUGGCUUGGCUGGACCUGCACCUGACCAUGGGGGCCAUGGAUUCAUGCUAUGAUGCCCAUGGACGGGCACAGCACUGUAUGCCCAUCUUUGAGAAUGCCGCAUUUGGGAGGCGUGCGCAGGUGUCCAACACAUGUGGCUCCCCACCAGAGGAUUACUGUCUCCAAAUGGGAACACGAGACUCCGCCACACUCUGCCACCACUGUGAUGCCAGCAGCGAUGUGCUCCACCACAACGCCACCUACCUGACAGACUUCCAUAGCCAGGAAGAGCCCACGUGGUGGCAAAGCCAGUCCAUGGCCUUCGGGGUUCAGCACCCCAACUCAGUCAAUAUCACCCUUCACCUGGGAAAAUCUUAUGAAAUCACCUACGUGAGGUUGAAAUUUCACACCAGCCGCCCAGAAAGCUUUGCCAUCUAUAAGCGGAGCCAUUCUAACAGCCCCUGGAUCCCUUAUCAGUACUACAGCGCCUCGUGUGAGAAGACAUAUAGGAAGCCGGAAGGGCAGUUCUUGCGACCUGGCCAAGAUGAGCGGGUGGCGCUCUGUACAGACGAGUUCAGCGACAUUUCCCCACUGAGUGGGGGAAAUGUGGCUUUCUCCACCCUUGAAGGCCGGCCUAGUGCCUACAGCUUUGACCAGAGUCCCAUUCUGCAGGAGUGGGUAACCGGGACGGAUUUGAAGAUUUCUUUGGACCGGCUAAAUACCUUUGGGGAUGACAUCUUCAAGGAUCCCAAGGUGCUGCAGUCUUACUACUAUGCCAUCUCAGACUUCUCCGUAGGGGGCAGGUGCAAGUGUAAUGGCCAUGCUAGUGAAUGCAUCCCAAAUGAAGAGGAUCAGUUGGUUUGCCUCUGCCAGCACAACACCACUGGGGUAGACUGCGAGUUGUGCCAGCCGUUUUAUCAGGACCGCCCGUGGGCACGGGGCACCGCUGAGGGUGCCAACGAGUGUCUCCCAUGCAACUGUAGCGGUCGAUCAGAUGAGUGUUUUUAUGACUGGGAGUUAUACCGACGCACUGGGCACGGUGGCCACUGCCAAAAUUGCCGGGACAACACGGAUGGCCCGCACUGUGAGCGCUGCCGCCAGAAUUUCUACCGCUGGGAUACCCAGGCAGCAUGCCAGCCCUGCAGCUGCAACCCAGCAGGUUCCUUGAAUCCCCAGUGUGACAGCUCAGGGGACUGUGAAUGCAAAGCAACGGUGACGGGAUGGAAAUGUGAGCGUUGCCGAGAUGGAUUCCACUCCCUCAGUGAAGGCGGGUGCAGACCUUGCGCUUGUGAUGCAGCUGGCAGUGUAGGAACAUGCGACACUAACACAGGACACUGCAGGUGCAAAGAGAAGGUAGAAGGGUAUCUGUGCAACAGGUGCCAACCUGGUAGCUUCAAUCUACAGCUCCACAGCCCUACUGGCUGCACCAGCUGCUUCUGCUAUGGCCAUUCAACAGUGUGCACAGUGGCCCAGGGGUAUGAGGUUCACAAUAUCAUCUCUGACUUCAGCCAAGGACUUGAUGGCUGGAAAGCAGUAAAUCCAAGUGGGCAGGAGGUCCCCCUCCGCUGGGCUAGAGGAGAGAUCUCCCUGGAACAAGAGGAGGCGGCGGCUGCUUUUAUAGCACCAGAGAGGUUCCUGGGUGACCAGCGCCUUAGUUACGGGCAGACCCUCUCCGUGCUCUUCCGCAUAGCAAGCGCCACAUCUGAAUUCCAUCCUUUUCCCAUUGGGCUGGUUUUGGAGGGAGACGGCAUCUCGGUGUCAGCCAGUUACGCUGAUACAGAAGACAGCAGAAAUGGCACAUACUGUGAAGAGCACAUGAUAGCGUUCAGGCUUCAUGAGGCUGAGGAAGAAAUGCAACCAACUCUGUCAGCUUUCCAGUUCCAGCGCCUGCUCUCCAACCUGACAGGGCUUCGGAUCCAGGCCAAAAGCAGUUAUGGACCAGGUAGGAUUUUCCUGAAGGAAGUCCAGCUUACGUCAGCUCACCCAGGCCUCUCUCAGCCUGCCCUGUGGGUCGAAGAAUGUAUAUGCCCACAAGGGUACAUUGGCCAGUUCUGUGAGUCCUGCGCUCCUGGCUUCAAGAGGGAGGUGCCGUUUGGUGGCCCCUUGGUCAGUUGUGUUCUCUGCUCUUGCAAUCAACAUGGCAGCUGUGAUCCUGACACAGGCCUUUGCCAAUGUCUGCACAACACAGAGGGGCCUUCCUGUGAGCGUUGUGCUGCUGGUUUCCAUGGCAACCCCUUCACUGGCCGCUUUGAUGACUGUAGGCCUUGCCCUUGCCCUGGCCAGACGCCUUGUCUGGCUCUCCCACAGAGCGGAGAGGUGGUCUGUACCCACUGCCCACUGGGACAAAGAGGGAGACUCUGUGAGCUGUGUGAUGAUGGCUUUUUCGGGGACCCCCUUGGAAGGAAUGGUCCAGUCCGACCUUGCAGCCCCUGUGAAUGCAACAGCAACGUGGACCCCAAUGCUGUGGGCAACUGUGAUGCUGUCUCGGGCCAGUGUCUCCGCUGCUUAUACAACACUGCAGGGGAACGCUGUGAGAGGUGUCAGGAAGGCUUCUAUGGAGAUCCACUAGCCACCCACCAUGCUGUGAAGUGUAAACCCUGCAAGUGUAACCCUGGAGGCUCUACCAACGGAGCAACGACUUGUGAUGAUGUCACCGGUCAGUGCAUCUGCCUCCCCCAUGUGACUGGGCGGGACUGCAGCCAAUGCCAAGCAGGUUAUUAUGACCUCCAGCCAGGAAAGGGUUGCAAAAGUUGCCAAUGCCACCCAGUAGGUUCUCAACACAGCCACUGCCACCCACUCACAGGGCAAUGCUCUUGUCAACCUGGCGUGGAAGGUGUGUCAUGUGAUCAGUGCCAGGCUGGUUUCUUUGGCUUCUCAUUCCAAGGAUGCCGAGCCUGCAACUGCUCCCAGCUCGGUUCUGCCUCCCUCCAGUGUCAUGACAACAGCACAUGUGUGUGCAAGCGCGGCUUUGUGGGGUACAAGUGUGACCAAUGCAAAGUGAACUAUUUCUAUGACCCUGGGAGCAAUCAGUGCCUGGAGUGCCCUAUUUGCUACAGUCUCGUGAAGGAAGAGGCAGACAAUUUGAAGGCCAAGUUGACAAGGAUGGAGUCAUGGUUGGAGAAACCAAACUGUGGCAUGAUGAGGGCACGUUAUUAUUCUGCCAUGCUGCGGGACGCACCACGGGGUGACACUCUCCACAGCCGUUACCUGUUGAAAGGUGCCAAAGUGGCUUUCCUAGAAGAGCUUGCUGAGCUGGAGAGCCUAGUGCAUGAUGCAGAGAGCCGGUUGAGGAACACCAGUGAGAUUAUGGGCUGUGACAACCAGGGUGGCACCAAGGGCUGCCUCCUCCUCACUGACAUCCUGCCCAUCCUGCAGUCCACACAACAACAGAUCCAGAUGGCCACCGACACACUGGAUGCCAUGGAGUUUCCUGCUGAGAUGUCGCACCAGCCCACCAACUGGACCCACCAGGCACAGGAGUCUAGAGUGCUGGCCCAGAGCCAUAUGGAGGCUGCGGCCUUGGUGGAAGACACUGCCCAAAAGGCCAUGCUCCUGUCCAGUAAGACCUACCACCUUCUGCAGAGUAUCAUAGAGGACAAUGCAACACUGGAGUUUAGGGGACAGAUGGAAGAGAGCUACCGGAGAAUCCAAAAGGCACAGGGGGAGCUUGGCUUCCGGAUGGAAGAGGCUACAGCCAAAGCUAAGGAGACUUUUGCUUCAGUCCAUCAGGACAACAUGGCAAAGAACCUCACACAGAUCACUGUCAUAGAGCUGCACCCCCUGGUUCAGCAGGCUGAAAAUCUUACUCAUUGUGCCAAUGAACUGGAGCACCUGGCAGAACAGAAUAAACACCUGGUGGCCAAUGGAUCUCUUAUUGCAAAGGCCAAACUGGAGGGCAUGGCUCAGAGGAUGAAGGAGUUGGAACAACUAUGGCAAAGGACAAAUGACACCCACACACAGGCAUCCUCAUCGCUCUCAAAGGGGGAGGCUGUGCUCUCUGAAGCAAAGAACUUGUUGGCUACCUUGGAUGGGAUGAAGAGGUUGGGUGCACGUCACAAGCGCCAGUCUGCCACAAGCAGGAAAAUGACAGUUGUGCGGGAUCGGGCAAUAGCAGAGGCCCAGAAGAAGACCAGACAAGCUCAGAAGAUUCUGGGAGAUUCCUUUUCAGUCUCUGCUGAAGCCCAGAAAACUGCCAACAAUGCAGAGUUAGUCGCGAAGGAAGGCGCUAAGAGGGCCCAGUACACACUCAGAGACGCAAAGUGGGAGAAAAGGCGUGUAGAUAAACUUAAGGCACGUGUUGCUUUGACCGUGGCAGAAGCCUCCAGGCAGAAGCAUGAGUCUGAAGAACGUAACAACAACCUCGCUGGACCUGGACAAGUUGCAGCGGAGAUGAACGAUCUUGAGAAGAGCCUCCGAAAUGCCCAGGGCUCCUUGGAGAUGGACAUUGCGACACUGAACAGCCUGCUCACCAGUCUCGGCAACAUAGAUCACAGUGCUCUGUCAGAAGCUGCACUGAACUUGAGCCAAAGCCAGCUGGAGCACUUGCAGUCAAACCUGGCGGGAUCUGGUGCUCUGGGCCAGCAGCUGAGCACCUUGCAGCAUGAGGCUGAAACCCAGCGGGAGCGGAUCGAGGCCUUCGAGAGGGACUUGGCGGAGAUCCAGAGCGACAAGCAGAACCUGGAAUCCAUCCUCCGGAGCCUGCCCAGCAGCUGCUCCAGCAGGAAGUGAGACGGCCUCCUUAAAAGUGCUCCAGAGCACCAUCCCUGGCAGUGCAAGGAACUGGAGGCUUGAGGAACAUGGCGCGGAGGGAGGGGAAGAAGGAAGAAGGUCAAUACCAUGGAGGAAAUGUCAGGAUGUAGGAGGGAUUUGAGUCAGUUCGCAGUUAAAGGCAAAUCUAUCCCACUGCGCUUUCCGAAACAAUAUGCAAACUGAAACACAGCCACCCUUCCAAAAUUCACACUUCUCCAAACUUUGCAGUGCAGUUCUCCAGCCAGGUAACGUGUACAAGAAUGCAAGCUUGGGAGUAAAGUGUGCCUAGAAAUGCAUGUACAGUAGUGCCUCCGGUUACGUAACCCUCUGGUUUCGUAAACUUCGGGAUGCGAAAGCGGCAAACCCGGAAGUAUUUUACCAGGUUUUGCCGCGCACGCGUGCCCAGAAGCGGUCCUAAGGUUGCGGAAACCCCGGGAUCCGACCGGACCUCCGGAACAGAUCCCAUCUGCAACCAGAGAUACCACUGUAUUGGUGAAAAGAACAUACAGCAAUGCAUUCUAUUAGGGAAGAUUACUUUGCAAAAAUGUACAUGUUAGGGAGAAAUUUGCACUAAAAUGCCAAUCAACUUUCACAAGGACUUUAAAAUAAAUUACAGACUGGUGUGGAAAUGCGAGGAACUGAACUGGAAGAAAGAGAAAGGGAGAAAAUCCAAAAAUGCCAGAUCCGCCCAUUUCCUAAGGAGAUGUUCCCAUGGACAGGCAUUGACAAAUGAGUCUAAAGGGGGCGGGGGGAGCAGAACAGAAUGUUAUAUAAGUUUAACAGUGUACAGAUUAUAGUGUUGGACACUGCAAAUAGUAUUCAAAUCUUUUAUGAAUUUCAGCAGGCAUUGUCCCUAUGGUUGGUUGGGGCUUGCUUUAUUUGCAACAAUAAAUAAAACCUUAAAGUAUAAAAAGUUUAAAUCCUCAGGAAGACGAGUUCAGUGGCGUUUCUGUACAUCAUUUUUGGGAGUCUGCCAUUGUGCUAGGUCAAAACCAGUUUUGCAGGUCUUUAUAGAGCUUCAGACUGUAUUGUGGAAAAACCAAAAACUAACGCCCUAUAAAUACGAUAAACACUUUUGUCAUUAAAUGGUGGACAUCUAAUGGAUGGCACCCAUGACAGAUAGUACAAUUUCUUCCAAUUCCUAUGCUUGCAGUUUUGGAGCUGUUUUUUUUUACAAAUUUUCAUUCUUUUCCUCCCCACCCUCCACCCCAAAACAUGUAGCCCUUUUAAAAGGGAGUAAAAAAUGUACAAUUUCCCAUAGCCAUGGAAUUGACUGAAACAGAAGUCGUAUGGUUGACUGAACCUAAAUAUGCCAUGUAACCUGGUCUAGUUUAUUUCCACUGCUCCAUUGAUUUAUUUAGAGUGGGGGUGUGGGGGAAGGAGCUGCAAUAAAGAAGGAUGGGGGGGGGACCCUCUUCAGCAAGUCUUCUUCCCUUUCUUCCCAUUACCUUGUCAAAAUAUCAGUUUCUUGGAUCAGAGCUAACAACACAGAAGUGGUGAAAAAGAAGAUUCUCCCAUUGCUUGACAGAAAUAACUGUCUGCCAAUCCUUUUCCACCCAAAGUGGCAACAGAAUUUCUGCCUGCAUUAGUGGCUGCCUAUUUGGGUGAAUGGGACUCUACCCAACCAACCUCAGUCUGCUCCCCACCGGACCUCACUUGGCUGCAUUUUUCCACCAGCAGGUGGCUCUUCCUGUUUUGGGUGUCUCUUCAGUUUCAGUGUUGCCCUUGUAGAAUUCUGCAGGGAGAAAGAUGAGGGAAAUAUGUACAGUACUAGAAUUAGCUGGCUCUGUCUGUCAUUGACUCUGGCUCCACCUUGUAUUGGGCUCCCUGCCUUCUGCCCUAGCAGUUGCAGUGGGCACCAGCCACCAUUUCCUCUCUCUGACCUUUGACCCAAGGACUCAUUAGUCUGGAUAUAAUGCCAGCUUUUGCAGUCCACAGAUGACAAUGGGCCAUCAAAUGGGUUUCAAACAGGUGCUUUUAUUCCAACUGAUUUCUUUCAAAUGGAAAGCCUUUGUAAAUACAUCAUUUGGAAAAUUCUUGUCUUGGUUUUAAAAAUAGAGGAUUUGAAGUUUAUAUGGCUGUGUGCUGUGUGAAUGUUUUUAACUGGUCUCUUUAAAUUCCAGUUCACUUAUGAAGUGGGAAGAUAGCAGGUCAUCAAUAUUUACAAAUAUCUCAGCUUUCAUAAUAUGCUAUUAUUAAUCAUCAUGGGAAGGUAGGGAUGCAGGCAAAAUUUGUUUCCCAUUUGAAUACAAAUCUAUUAAAAUGGCACUUUAAAACAAUCCAUGAACUGAAAUGUAGGUAUCCUUUGAAAUUUGCACUUCUCUGAAUUUUGCACCUCAGUUAUGCAACAGUGGAUGUGUAUAUUAAGGGGACAUGUGAAUAAUAAUGCACAUAUUAAUGAAAAGCAUGCGAGGCACUGGUAUAACUUCAGUCCCUGGCAACUUCUAUUCAGAAUCAUGAGGACUGAAGCCUUACUUUAUAUUUAGAUGAAGGACAAUUAUUCAACCACAGAGCAUCUGCUUUGCACAAAAUAAAGGCCCUGUCCUGGCUACCACUCACGAAUACAAUACAUGGACUCUCAGCACAGUUAUUGGCAAAGACUUUAUUCCAAAAUUCAAUAAGAAUUUUGCCCAAACAUAGAUACAAGGCGCAUGGAUCAGCAGUUAUAUCAGAGCUCUGAGGUCCAUGGCUAGGAGGAAACUAAUAUGUUGUCCCCACGCUUGCCAUGCCCCCUGAGGUCCCCUUUUGAAGAACGAGGUGAGCACAAUCAUUUGUAUGGGUUCCAUCUGAAGCCUUAGACCCAGUUCCUCCCCAAGACCCAGCUCCUCCCGCUCUGAGCAGCCCUGCCAAGAGGUCCCCACAGGGCUCACAAUAGCCUCAGUAGGGAUGGGAAUAACCCCUGCCUGGAUCUGUGAAGAGCUGCUUGCCUGUCCAUUCAAUGAGCUAGAUGGACUAAUGGUGCGACUCAGUAUAAGGCAGCUUCCUGUGUUUCCAUUUAAUUUAGU